AUGCGCUUGACCGCUGAGCUCAUUCAAAAUUCGCUAACAUACAUCAAUCCGCUCACAGAUCGUGAGCUGGAUCUCCGAGGUCACAAGAUCCCCACAAUUGAGAACUUGGGUAUCGCGAAAGAUCAAGAUGCGAUCGACUUCACCGAUAAUGACAUCUCCUCCCUUGGAAACUUCCCCCACUUCCCUCGCCUCCGUACCCUCCUCCUCGCUCGCAACCGUAUCAAUCACAUCCAACCGGCACUCGCAACUUCAGUGCCUAACCUGACGAAUCUGGUCCUGACCGCAAACAAUGUGUCCGAACUUGCCGACCUAGAUCCGCUGCGGACCUUGGGACGGCUGACGCACUUGUCCCUCCUGCAAAACCCGGUGACACGCAAAGAGAACUACCGUUACUGGAUUAUCUGGCGCAUUCCCUCAGUGCGCUUCCUUGACUUCCAGAAAGUAACCGACGCCGAGCGCGCUACAGCUAAAGAGCUCUUCGGCACCUACGAGGAACCCUCGUCCCUCGCAUCCAAGAUUAUGGGUGUCAAGUCCCGCACCUUCGACGUGUCUACCCCAGCUGAACGUACCCCCGCCGAAAAGGGCGUCCGGGUACAACUCACCGACAAGGAGCGCAAGCGCGUGGAGAAAUUGAUUCUCGAGGCGAAGAGCUUGCAGGAGAUUACAAAGUUGGAGAAAGAGCUUAACGAGGGGCGGAUACCCGGUGGAGCGGAUGUCGAUGGUGACGAGGCCAUGCAGAUGUGA